AUCUUUUAUUUUCCACCUUAAGGGAGUCCUAAAACACCAGCAGUUCAUCUCCCUCAACUGAAAGAAAUUCUACCUACUCUACAAGAUCUAUCUGGUCCAGAAAUCCUUGUGAGCAAAACAUCUAGAUUGAAUAAUGAAGCAUUACAAAAUGAUGAGUUUGACAAUGCUACUUUUGCUCAUAAGAAAACCCCGUCAUUCAAAAGAAGAGGGAAAAGUCAGUUGACAUUAGCUACUCUGGAAGCUGAAUUGAGAAAUGAUAAAAAUCCACACGAGACUGAGACAUUAUCCGGACGAUCAUUCAGUAAGUAUCAAUCUCUUCAGCAAGCACCUGAAUCUGGAGAUUCAGUUCGGGUUCCAAGGUUCAUUCGUCGGAGACAAAACAGAAUUUCACUUGGUACAUUCAGUAAGGGAGUAGAAAAGUAUCUUGAAGAGUUACAUAAAGAGGAUCAUGUGAAUGAUCAACGUGAACACAAUACAUUAAAUGAUACUUCUACUGACAUGUUUGAUAAUGCUGACACACAAGAAGAAAAUCAGCCUGAUCACAUUGAAAAAGAUUAUUUUUCAGAAGCCAAUGCACUGUCGAGAGAUGUAAAUGUGAGACAGACGCAUCUGCCAAUAGCAGAAUCUACUCGGCUUUAUGAGAAUGACUUGUCAGAGUCAGAUGAACUACAUCAUAAUGAUGAUGCAAAGAACAAGAUGUUUAUUGAGAAAAAACAAAAUUUUGAUCAUGUCUCCGAUAAUGAGGUAGAUGAUGAUGAUGAUGAUGUUGAUGAUGCUGCUGAUGGUGAGGAGAACGAUGAUAAUAGCGAUGCUAAGGUGGAUGAUAACUAUGGUGAAGUGAAUGAUGCACAUCAGGUAAUAGAUGAUGAUGAUGAUGAUGCUGCUGAUGGUGAGGAGGACAUGGAUGACAACAAUGGUGAAGUGAAUGAUGCACAUCAGAUAGAUGAUGAUGAUGAGAUGGAUGAUGAAGACAUCAAUGCUGAGGUACAAUAUAAUGACGAUGAUGAUGCUGCCAAGAUGGAUGAACAUGAGGCUAUUAACGAUGCUGAUAAUCAUAAUACUAAUGAAGAAGAAGAAUGUGAUAUUGCCUCUGAGGAGGAGGAUUAUAUUGUGAUUGAAGAGGGUCAUGUGUCGGAAGUUGAUGUAAUGGAAGAAAACAGAGUUGGACUUCAGAGAAAGAUGUUGCCAAUCAGACAGAGGUUUGUUACUGAGAAGCAGAGUUUAACGUUAUUGGUUGAAAAGUAUAUGCCUUUAGAAUAUCGACAGGAGCUGAUUCCAGUUGCCAGAUCUGGCAAUAUAGUAGAGCCAAAGUAG